GUGCCCCCACCUCAAAAGCCAGACCCCCCAAUCCAACCACCGUAUCUCCUCCUCUCCAUAUAUCCCCGACCCUCUCGUCGACCAGGACUUUCGUUAAAGUAUCAUACCUAACUCACGUCUCGCCAUGUCGAGCGACGGCCGCUCGCUAUCGCGUGCGACUUCGGUUUCACGAGCAAGCAGACGCUCCUCGCUCUCUCGCACCCAGUCCUUGAUCAAGAAGAAUAUCGCUCCGCAUGAUUUACGGCCCUCAGAUAUUCUCAUCGAGCGCUUCACUGCGUGGAAAAUUAUUGUGAAUCAGCUCAUCGCCUAUUUCGAGGGCAUCGCCGACAUCCAGAACAAUGUUGCUCGCGAGAUGGCCAAACUCGCCGGCGUGAUUCAGGUUCCGUUCCGCUCGGGCAAUCAAUUUUUAGGAGAGGGGGGUCUUCAGGACAUAUAUUACGGCAUCCGAGACAAGACACGCGCUAUCGCAGAUGAGCAGGCAAAUCUGGGGCGUACUGUGGAAGGCUCGAUUGUGCAGCAUCUCGAGAAGCUUCGCGUGGAGAUCAAAGCGCAUAUUAAGAAUGUACAGAAUGACACCGGAAAGCUCGCCACGGCAGUAGCAAAGGAGCGCGAGUUGUCUGCCAAGUUGGUCGGCGACUUGGGCACGAGCGUAUCGAUCUUAAAGAAUACGCCGCUCCACAUCACUCCAAGGAGCGAUCCCUACGUCGCAAAUCAGGUCGUCGCUCGACAGCUCGUCAAGCAAGUUCACACCGAGAACGCAUUGCAGAAGUCUUUGCUUCUGACGCAGUCUUCUUCUGCUCUUUUUGAAGCGUCUUUGGUACAAGCUCUCCAAUCAGCGUGGGGGACGUUCGCCGAGUGGCGGACACGCAUGGACGACAGCAUUCGCGAGAUAUGGGGCACGCUCGAGCACGACAUGUCAAGUCUACCUCCUGAUCGCGAGUGGAUCGCGUUCGCCGCUCGAGAAGACCAUCUAGUCGACCCGGAGACACCGCUGCGCGAUCCCCAGAACAUCCACUACCCGUCCAAGGAUGAUCCGUCCGUCGUCGCUGUGCACACCGGACUGCUGGAACGCAAGAAACGAUACACACGCUCCUAUCGGGAAGGCUACUAUGUGCUGACGCCGGCUGGAUUCCUGCACGAGUAUGCGUCUUCAGAUCCUGCACUCGUUGAUAAGCCUAUCUAUAGUCUAUUCCUUCCCAUGUGCACCCUCGGGCCACCGUCUGCACCGAGCGCGAAGAGUCACAAAUUCCACAUCGAGGAACGCACAGACGGCACAGGCUCGAUCAAGACUGGAUCCUUGCGUGGUCUUACCAGCUCAAUCACUGGCCGAGGCAGUGGAAGCGGACGGGCCUGGGCUUUCCGUGGGCGCUCGCACGAGGACAUGAUGGAGUGGUGGAAUGACAUUCGGAUGUUAUGUGCUAGGUAUCUGGUCGCGAGCGAGCAGAUGGAGCGCAGCGGUCCUGUGGCUGCAGCUGUUAGGGCGGCGGGAUAUGCUAGCGAGGAAGAGAUGGAGGAAGAGGAAGGGUCCAGCGUAGAAGAAGAACGAGAAGAAGAAGAACAAUAUGAGCAGGCUCCGGAUAUUGCUGACGGAGACAUGGACCAAACGGAGGUGCCGGAGCGUACGCGCGAGUCGAGAGAGCCCGUGUCCUAUGAAAUGAGGGAAUAUCCGACGGAGAAGAAACCUGCGACGAGUCCACCGCUGACGAAUGGGGCCGCCGGGGUCGACAAUACGCGCGGACCGAGCAAGCGGCAGUUGGAGAAAGCUCCGCAGGGGCGACAUCCGAAUGAGGUGUCCAACGGUGAUGCUGAAGUGGGAUCUAUCGACAAUGAAUCACCGGACAAUGCCACUGCUGGACCGGCACCAGCGGAGAGUCGCUUUACUGAAGGCUUGUAACGUUACGAUGUGUAUGAAGUCUUGUGUUGCACGUCGAACUGACAAUUAGGACAAUUUUGUUAUAUCCUGUUACCCCUCUGAGUUACUUUAUAGCAGAAGCCUUCCAUAAUGUUUAGUGUGUUUUGGUUAGCACAGUUAUCGCCGGUUCUGACUAUGGGCCAAUACCGUUGACAUUAUACGAAUACAGAUUGGCAUGUACGCGUUUGCAGACACGGUCCCUUUUUUUGACUUUUUCCCAGCUUGAUGGCAGGCCGCAGCGCACUAUGGCAUCCAAUGAUUUGAAGCUAUGCGAAGAGACAAAACGAUACUUGGUAUUUGGGUAGCUAUCAGAUCGGAGUGCAAGCUCAUGUGUGGUCGCCAUUUUAACAAAAACGGUAUACUUGCAAGCAAUUGAUGCCAUGUAGUAUUUAUACGUGCC